UCUGUCCCUCUCUCUUUCUCUGUGGAAAAUGGUGUGUCCUCCUCCAUCACUGCUAGUCGUAUAUUAAGUAGGAAGUCACCGUCUUCAAUCACAAGUUGGUGUCUCUUCAGAUACAUGCUUCAGGUUUACUGUCUUCUUCCUCUAAUAUGGAUGUUGAAAUGGCAGCUGAGAGAAACUUCUGGUAGAGAAGGAAGAUAGAGAGAGAGAGAGAGAGAGAGAGAGAGAGAAAGAGAGAGAGAGCAUCAUCAUGGACGUGUACGAGGCGACGAGGGUGGUGUUGGCGAGGAUACAGAGCUUGGACGCGGUGAACGCGGCCAAGAUCAUGGGGUACAUCUUGAUCCAGGAGCACGGCGACAAGGAGAUGAUCCGCCUGGCUUUCGGCCCCGAGGCCCUCCUCCACUCCGUCGUCCUCAAGGCUCGCAAGGAGCUCGGCCUUGCCGCCCCUGCUCCGCCCCCCUCCUCCUCCUCCUCCUCCGCUACCUCUCCUGCCGCAGGUGGCGUCGCCUCCCCUUCUCCCUUUGGCCUUUUGGCUCGCCAGAACUCCUCUUCCCGCUUCUCUACCAACUUAGUCUCCUCCCCCACCUCCUUCGCUCCGCCGCCUGUCUUCUCCCGCGCUGGUAGAGCGAACGGCGCUCUGAACGGGUCCCUGGAGGAGCUCCAGGCCUCCGAGGAGCUCCUCAGCCCCGGCAGCCCGAGUCCCUCUCCCUUCUUCAACGGCUGCGGAACCGCUGGCGACUCGCUCGUCGAUGAGUUCCACCUCCAAGACCAGCUCUCCUUCCUCCACGAUCAGGCCCCCUGCCACUCCCUUCCUAUUGGCCCCAGAUCCGUCGCUGCCGGCGGCGGAGGCGAUCUCUUCAGUCCGGACAUCGGGUCUCAUAGUCCGAGCGGCAGCGGAGACGGGCUGCUGUUUCCUUAUAGAAUGGGAUGGGGUGUCAACGGAAACCACCAUCGCCGGAGCUGGUCCGCUGCUGAUCUCCCCCUUCGUUCGGACGCCAUCGCAGCCGCGGGAUUCAGUUGGAAGCCGUGCCUCUAUUUCGCCAGAGGUUACUGCAAGGACGGGACCGCGUGUCGCUUCCUCCAUGAUCUGCCGGACGAGACCGUCGCGGCGGUAGCUGCGGGCGCGAGAAUGGACGCUGCGGUGGAGCAGCAGUGCCAGGAGCUGCUGCUGAGAUCUAAGAGCCAGAGGAUCGGGGGCGGCGGGGCGUCGCAGCUGACUGCGUCGGCCUUCCCUUACUCCCCGCUUGGUUCCCUGCCCUCCUCUCCAUCAGCCACGAGCAAAUGCCUCGACUUCCUGCUCCAGCAGCAGCCAAGCGAUAGCCCAAGGGCCGCAGCGGCGGCGGCGGCAGCAGCGCUAAUGCGAACGAGGAUGGAGAGGGGCGAUUUCGCAGGGAUGACCAAUCCUGGGUCGAGGCAGAUCUACUUAACCUUCCCCGCAGACAGCACCUUCACCGAAGAAGACGUCUCCAACUACUUCAGCAUCUACGGGCCAGUACAGGACGUGCGGAUCCCGUUCCAGCAGAAGCGAAUGUUUGGGUUCGUCACCUUCGUCUACCCCGAGACGGUGAAGCUGAUCCUGGCUAAAGGAAAUCCCCACUUCGUCUGCGAUGCUCGGGUUCUCGUCAAGCCUUACAAGGAGAAGGGGAAGGUCCCCGACAAGUGCAGGAAGCCGCAACAGCAGCAGACUGAGAGGGGCGACUUCGCUGCAUGUACGACUCCUACCGGCCUGGAAUCCAGAGAUCAAUUUGACCUUCAACAGCUUGCAGCAAGGAUGCUGUACAACAGCGGCAGCAGCAGUCAGGAGCUACUGCUGCGGAGGAAGCUGGAGGAGCAGCAGCAAGCGCUGGAACUGCAGCAGGCCAUCGAGCUGCACGCGAGGAGACUCAUGAAUCUCCAGCUCCUCGACCUCAAGAACCGGACUCUGUGCUCCUCAGCCCCCGCCUCCGUCAACUCUCCCACCAUCAAAGCUGCUCCAGCAAUCACUAUACCUACAGCCGAUACCCCGAGCAGCAGCGGCAGCAGCAGCAGCAGCAGCCAAGAACAAUCACCAACCGGAGUCCAGAAGAUGAACAGCUGCAAUGGCUUCCGCGAACACAAGACGGUCAACUCUGCUGAUAAGAAGGAAUCUGGUGAUGAGGCAAACCCCAACAAGGAUGGCGAUAUCCAUGAAAGCGCCGAGCAUAACUUGCCCGAUAGCCCCUUCGCCUCGCCUAAAAAAUCUUCGAUCGUGCCCGAUCCUUUCUCCGUCCCUGAAAUGGAGAUGGCAGCUGCCGCUGCUGCUUCCGUGAACGAUAGUAGCAGCAGCAACACCUACCUGAUUGCCUCUACAUUGCCACCAUCCUCUUCCACGUUGGACAUGGCUUCCCACAAAUCAUGCUUCUUCCAAAUGCCAAGGGUCUCCUCCACUCAUGGAGCCAUUGGAAUGUAGAGUUGGUAAUGAGGAAGCCCUCCAUGGAUCACAGAAAAAGCAAUGAGGAGUUUGAUUGUAACCUUCUAUAGUGUAAGCUACUAAGCUCCAUAGGUAAUCCAUUCUAUGCCACAGCACAAGGUCAUGGAAAGGAGCAGCUUCAGUAACCAGAAUCAGCUAUAUACUACUACUGCUACUGCUACUACUACCAUCUGCCACUACUGCAGCUUCUCAUCACCAUCCAAUCCAUUAAGAUACUCCACCAUCUCACAGACACCAAACAGAAGAAGAGAACAGGAAAGGACAAACAGCAGACUGAUUUCUGUAAAGGAUAGCUCAGUAAGAGAUAAAAGCAGCACAGAGAAGGAGGUGACCAACAAAAAGAGACUAGGUGUGAUCAUUUCCCUGCUGCCUGCUUGUAGAGUGGUCUCUUCUACCUCCCACCUCCCUUUGGUUGCUUUUUGCCAUCUCUAAUUGUGACAAACAUAUAGACAAAGAAAUGUGUUCAGAUAGUCAUAAAUAUGUAGUUCUGCAUUCCUCUA